CCGUUGCCUGUGGUCUUGGACUCUCACUAGUACCCCUCAUCCCUUCUGUGGGGUUCUCACACUUCGGCCUCAGACGGAGAGUUACAUCAUAGGCUUCCUUGCCUCUGAGGCCUUCAGACUGGGACUGAGCAUACUGUGUCCCAGGAUCUCCAUUCUGCAGACAGCUUGGUGUAGGACUUCUCAGCCACUGUAAUCGCCCUGAUCCAGCCUGAAGAUGGCUCCCCUGGUCACCGUGGUGUCCGGACCCCGCACCCGAAUCUUUGCCUGUUUCCUCAGGCUGGGUUCUCAGCAGGUCAGCCCUCUUCAACUGCACACAAGUUUCAGCCAUGCAGCCAAGACCCAUUAUGAGGUGCUGGUGCUGGGUGGAGGCAGUGGUGGGAUCACCAUGGCCGCCCGCAUGAAGAGAAAAGUGGGUGCAGAGAACGUGGCCAUUGUUGAGCCCAGUGAGAGACAUUUCUACCAGCCAAUUUGGACACUGGUGGGUGCUGGUGCCAAACAGUUGUCCUCGUCGGGUCGUCCUACAGCAAGUGUGAUCCCAUCUGGGGUAGAAUGGAUCAAAGCUAGUGUGGUUGAGCUGAACCCAGACCAGAACUGCGUCCGCACUGACAAUGGCAAGGAGAUCUCCUACAAAUAUCUUAUUAUUGCUCUUGGAAUCCAGCUGGACUAUGAGAAGAUUAAAGGCCUACCUGAAGGUUUUGCUCAUCCCAAAAUAGGGUCCAAUUAUUCGGUUAAGACUGUAGAGAAGACAUGGCAAGCUCUGCAGGACUUUGAGGAGGGCAAUGCCAUCUUUACCUUCCCAAAUACCCCAGUGAAGUGUGCUGGAGCCCCCCAGAAGAUCAUGUAUUUAUCAGAAGCCUAUUUUAGGAAGACGGGAAAGCGAUCCAAGGCCAAUAUAAUUUUCAACACUUCUCUUGGGGCCAUUUUUGGGGUUAAGAAGUAUGCGGAUGCUCUGCAGGAGAUCAUCCAGGAGAGGAACCUCACUGUUAACUACAAGCGAAACCUCAUCGAAGUCCGAGCUGAUAAACAAGAGGCUGUUUUUGAGAAUUUGGACAGACCCGGAGAGACCCAAGUGAUUUCGUACGAGAUGCUUCACGUCACACCACCAAUGAGCCCUCCAGAUGUCCUCAAGACAAGUCCCGUGGCCGAUGCUGCUGGCUGGGUGGACGUGGAUAAAGAAACUCUGCAGCACAAGAGGUACCCGAAUGUUUUUGGUAUUGGGGACUGCACCAACCUCCCUACAUCGAAGACUGCUGCCGCAGUAGCUGCCCAGUCAGGAAUACUUGACAGAACAAUUUCUCUGAUAAUGAAGAAUCAAACCCCAGUGAAGAAGUAUGAUGGCUACACAUCAUGUCCACUGGUGACUGGUUAUAAUCGUGUGAUUCUUGCGGAGUUUGACUACCAAGCUCAACCGCUGGAAACCUUUCCCUUUGAUCAGAGCAAAGAGCGACUUUCCAUGUACCUCAUGAAGGCCGACCUGAUGCCUUUCCUGUACUGGAAUAUGAUGCUAAGGGGUUACUGGGGAGGCCCAGCCUUUCUGCGGAAGUUGUUUCACCUGGGUAUGAGUUAAGGAUGACUCAGCCCUUGUUCACUUCAGAUAGCUUCUGGACCAAAACUGCAGUCACCAAUUGACCAGGAGCAGCGCACGGGACUUGGAAUCCAACCCUGUGAAGAGUUUCUUGCUGGAGAAUGGUGACCAAAUGCCUCCCUUUUCAGUACUUUUGAAUAGCCACCAUGGGCUUGAUUCUUUGGAAACAUGCAAAUGAAAGAACAGACUACUAUUUUCUAAAUAAAAAUUUGUCACUGAUUGAAUUCUAUGAAAA